AUGUUCUCCUUCAACGCCAUCAUCGCCCUCAUGGGCCUCGCCGCCAUCGUCAACGGCGCACCCACCGACAACACCGUCACCAAGCGCCUCGACGACAUCAAGAACUGCUACUGCGGCAGAGACACCGGUUCCGCGCUCGUUAGCGACCCGACCUCCACCAAAAACGCUUGCCCCGAUUACGGCACCUGCCAGAUCAUGAUUGACAUUAAUGAGCCUUUGUUCGUUGCCAAGUGCAAGGCUCUUGGCCAGCCUACUGGAUGGUGCGAGAAAUAA